UAAAGUUGAGCAAUCUGAAGGAAGGACGAAGUAUGUUGUUGUGGAGUUUGCCAACAUUGCUAGUGUCUGCAAAGCUAUUAAUGAAGUGGAUGGGUACAAAGGCCUUAGGCUGUCAUUUGAACCAUCGAAGCCUACUGUUUGUAUGUGGAUGGGUGAUCUCCCCAAAAACAUUACUGAGGAGUACCUGAUGCAGAUUUCUAAACUACAUGGCCAGGUGUCUGAGAUUAUACUAGACAAGGUGAAGGGUGAAGCUUUGAUAAUAUUUCAUUCAAUUGAAGAAACAGAGAGAGCAGUACAAGCUGCCAGGAAAAAGAAGAUUUUUAAGCAAAAAGUAGUGUGUGAUUUUGCAUCUGCAAAUCUUCGAUUGGCCUUUUAUCGUUCUAUGGAAGCUACUGGACAAGAAAGGAAGAAUGUCCUUGCUGCAUCUAAAGAUAAGCCAAAACCAAACAUAUCAGCUGGAGUAGCAUCCCAGAUGACACCUGGAAAACUUGUGCCACCUGUCCCAGCACCUGGAAGAGCUGUGCCGCCUGGCGCAUCAUUUGGAAAAGCUGUGCCUCCUGGCCCAUCAUUUGGAAAAGCUGUGCCACCUGGUCCAUCAUUUGGAAAAGCUGUGCCUCCUGGACCACCAUUUGGACAAUCUUUACCUUCUAUCCCACCAUCAAAUGUCAGAGGUCUCCCCAGUUCUAAUAUUCCUUCAGAUAACUUCCAGAAUCCUCCAAAUUGGAAUGAUCCUUACCAAAAUAUGCAUUCAUUUGAUGAUAUGCAGAUGCCAGUUUCAAAGGACAGGGAGAUGCCAAUGCACAUGGACAGGGAAAUGCCAAUGCACAUGAACAGAGAGAUGCCAAUGCAUCCACCUACAGAUUUUCCUCCUCACCAAUCAAUGAUAGAGGAUAUUGGUCCUUUUGGAUGUCCAUCCAUGACACCAAAUAUGCAUCCAUUUGAUAAUCCAUGCAUGCCAUUUGAUAAUCCACGCAUGCCGUUUGAUAAUCCAUGCAUGCCGUUUGAUCAAGCACGCAUGCCAUUUGAUCAUCCACGCAUGCCAUUCGAUCAUCCACGCAUGCCAUUCGAUCAACCACGCAUGCCAUUCGACCAACCACGCAUGCCGUUCGAUCAACCACGCAUGCCGUUUGAUCAACCAUGCAUGCCGUUUGAUCAACCACGCAUGCCGUUUGAUCAACCACGCAUGCCGUUCGAUCAACCACGCAUGCCGUUCGAUCAACCACGCAUGCCGUUCGAUCAACCACGCAUGCCAUUUAAUAACCCACGCAUGCCGUUUGAUCAACCACGCAUGCCGUUUGAUCAACCACGCAUGCCGUUUGAUCAACCACGCAUGCCGUUCGAUCACCCACGCAUGCCAUUCAAUCACCCACGCAUGCCGUUCAGUCACCCACGCAUGCCAUUUGAUCAUCCACAUAUGACACAAGAGGAAAAUCCUUACAGUAAUUAUAUAGCAGCACAGAAAAAAAAAAUGCAAGCCAAUUUGCUGGCUUCACCAAAUAAGAAUAAGGAUAAGAGUAAGAGUGCAAAUCCGUAUAGUAACUGGGAGGCAGCACAGAAGAGAAAACUUGAAAGUACAGAAUCAUCAGAAAAAUUGAGAAAAAUUAAUGAAGAGAAUGAAGCUGCCUCAGGGGGCUCAUCUACAGCUGAGGUCUCUGCAAAAGUCUUAUCUCAAGAUGGUACAUCAUUAGCUGAGUCAGCAGAUGAGUCAUCCCGUUGUUCUCCAGCAGAUGACUCAAAAGCAGCUGUCCAGUCCUCAGAUGACCCAUCUGCAGCCUGAUCCUUUAACAGUUGACUGAUUUCUGGCAGCUAGUCAGCAGCCAGCCCAUUAGAAGCUGGUAGUUUACAAAAUAGCCCAGCACCAACCGACCCAUCAGCUGACUAAGCUUCAUUCAGCCUGACUCAUUCUAACCCUUCCCAGUCUUAUUCACCUUCGCUAGAGUAAAAUUACCACUUAACUAUCAAUUUGACUUGGAUUUGGAACUAAACCACACCCAGCAGAGAGCCAUGCUUGAGAAGAGAUUGUUUUUGCAUUCAUUACAUUAUUACCACUUAGAAGAAAGUAAGCAAAGUCAUACUGGAAACAGACUGCUUAGAUCAACAUGUUUAAGGAUAUGUCCCAGUAUACAUUCUUAGUCUUUUAAAUAGUACUUUGCAUUUUAUGCCAUACUGUAGAUUAUUAGUGAAGGAUUUAAAAAAAAAUGUUCCUGUAAAAUAUUUGCAGAAGUAACUGUAAUAACCAUCUAAUGAGACUGGUGUGGGUGUAUUAAGAAGUCGGAAGAAUCUAAAUGACUUGGAAAGUUGCAGGUUUUUUUUUUUGGUGGAUGACACUGGCCUUAAAAAGAAAAUUGUAGAUAAAAAAUUGCUCAGAUGGAGCUUCACAGAAGGACCCUGGUAGAGCAGGAAGGAUUUUAAAGAUAGUAAAAUACAUGUUCUUAAUGUUCUAGACUGAGUGUAAUUCCUAAUAUUUUAAUAUAAAGUGCUGAUAAUUUUCUACUGAGGUGAGUAAAUUCAUUAAGCAAGAUUGUUGCAGUAAAACAGCUUAUUAAUUUCAGGUCUGUGGGUUAUAUGCAUAUACAGACAUACUUACAAGACAGACAGAUGCACACGCACAGACACACCCAUUUCUGCAGUAUGGGAAUUAGGAUGUGAAAUCCCCCUUCUCCUUUAAGUAGGCAUUGACUACUUUUUUUCAGUAGGCAUUGACUACUUUUUUUCAGUCCAUGAACAUUUGAUUCCUAUCUAGAUAGCACUUUUGUAAUAUUCUUAGCUGUUCCACCACCAUUCUAGUUGUAUUUCAUCCGCAGCAUCUUCUUUCUUCUCUAUCAAUCUCCUCAAGCUGUUUACCUCACCUCCUCCACCAGGAACUGCUUUCAUUCCAGAUGUUCAUUCCCCUGAUUUUUGUGUGCCCUUGCUAUGUUUGCAUACAGUCUUUCCCUACAGAAGACUACUACACAGUGCCUACUAAGUACUUAUUAGCUGGUUUGAGCUGUCUUAAUGCUUAAUAUCCUCUCAAACCCACACACCAACAAGCUGAUGCCAGACUUUUACCUGAGUCCCUUAACAGCCAGAGUAACCACUUAUUUUUCCUCGUGUAUCCCUUUUUUGUUUUCUGUUUGCUCCCACCAGCUUACCAUAAGCUGCCACUGGCUCCUGUCCUCUGUCACCAGGUCUACUGGGCUUGCCUUAGCCUUCCCUGUGCUCAACCCAUCCUCAUGUCGAAGGUCGGGGAGGAGAUUGAGGAUGGUGGUGCAAUGUCCUAUUGCUGCUAAGGAGUAUAUCCCAACUCCAGUACCUCACCACAGCAAUGUUUGGAAGCUCCAUAUUAGAGCUGUGUCAGCAAGUGCAUAUACAACCUCUAAGUGGUCUAACCACUUGAAACAUGGAGCUUGCUUGUCUCUUAACUCUGCUGUAGUGCAGCUAGCAUAGGUUGCCCCCCCCAGAUAGGAGAGCUAAUAUCAAAUGCUAGCCCAUCCUUGGGGGGCAGAGGGAGAUGGCUAGGCAUGCAAGGAAUAUGCCAGCAGCAGUCUGGCUGUGAUGUUAGGUGUACUCUCCAAAUAGCAUAUGUUGUAGCAAGAGGUGAGCAGUACAAGACUGUGCAUUUGUUUGGAGGCCAGUAUUGUGAACCACAUGCCCUUCGCUGCUCCGUGAGUCAUUGACGUAAGAAUGCUCCUAAUGGUUGCCUGAAUGGUGGCCUCAUGUGGUCUGCUCCCAUCCUACAGGGGAGCAAGAUUGGCCAGUUAACUCGGGUCCCACGGAAAUAAUAAAAUGGUCAUUUGGCCAUGGGAGGGCUGAUGGUUAGCAGGCCAGUGGGAUUAUAAAAUAGAUUGUGUAAAAAAAGUGCUAACAGUUUCAACUUGGUAUCCCACAGAAACAGGAGGGGAAAUGCAAGGUCUGUCUUAACAUGUAGCAGGAUGACUUUGGAGCAUAGGCAGUGCAUGUACUAGUAGGAAAGUCCAUCAAGUGUCAGUAUUUCAAUGUGGAAUCCCACAGAAGCAGAAGGAAGGAACUCCAGGUCUGCAUAACUGCCAGAAUGCAUAGUGCAAAUGCCUGCAGGUGUAUCAAUUGUGCUGUCCCAGAUUGAUAUCAGAACACCAUAAAAUGGCAAAAGGUACAGAGGGUAGACAGAAUUCACAUUUAUGGUGGCAAUUUCAGUCUUAAGGUUGUCUUACAACCCAGUUGUGUUCUGAUCUGUCCCCAAAUAGGAAAUCAUCAAAUGGAAAAACAUGGUGUCUGGGUAUCUACUCUGUUUCUCACAUUUCCAGAUUACAUUCUUUCCUUUUGGAUUUUGCAUUUGAAAAAAAAACCUACUAAUACUUCCUUUUUUUUUUUUUUUUUUUUUUUUUUAUGUUUUGCAUCAAUCCUUUGUUUUGGUAGAUGAUGAGGGGACCCGUGGGAAGUGUAUCCCCCUUGGCAAACAGCUUGGAAGUGUACUUUUUUUUAGGGUGGGAGCAUUGUUUUUCCUUUGGAUGAACUGUUAUAGCUUUCUGAAUAUCAGCCUGCCCGUGAAAGAUGAUCCUUCAAGACCUCUACCUGUGCUAGGUCAUUGUCUUCAGAAUCAUGGACUCUUCUUCAUAGGCAUCUCCCAGGUCCAUCAGGGUUCAUUGGACCAGAGUAGGGACUACCCACUGUGGCCUCGCUCACUAGAACUUGCAGUUAAGACCUUCAAGUUAGACACUUGUUUGAUAUGUGGUGGGACCUGGCUUGCAACAGGAGUACACCCUCAGGCAGUACAGAUUUAUGCCUGCACCAGAACCUGCACAGGCCUCUCUUUUCACUUUGCUGUAGCAGCUGUGCCCUUGAAUUUCUGUGAACAUUUAAUGUGUGUAUUGUAACUGUAAAAUUCCAGGGGGUAUUUACACAUGACACAUCAGGAAUAUUUUGGUAAAUUUGGGGUAAGCUUGGCUAGGCCUAAAAUGGCUGUUGGGCUGAUAGCCUAAUAACCAUCUUUGAAUCCGAAUUCUGUGCCACCAAACAGCAUUUACCUUUCAUAUUCUUAACCGAGAUGCAUCAGCAAGCAUGGCCUGCCCUUCCCAGAUUUUGGGUCUAGGCGGAAUGAGAUUAUACCUUGUUCUACAUCCAGGAAAGGGGACUUGGAGGCUAUCUUGUCUAAGAGGAUAAGGAUAAUGAACCUUCCCCUUUGGAUAACCCUUUCCUUUAGAGAAACGUCUGGCUCAUGAAGUCCUCUGUGGACCGACCUGUGUCCCCUGCCUUGUUCCCCAGAAACAUCUCCGUGGGUUGUCUGGAAGUAGGGAAGGAGCCAUGAAUCAUUCCAGCUGUGGAGCUUGUGCUUGAAGAUGAUGUUUUUGCAGCCUGUAACCACCCAGAUAUUGUUGAGUUGGUGCCAAGGCAGAAGGCUGGUGCCUCUGCAAGUCCUCCAUCAUCUGUUGAGUGGAUUGAGACCCUUUCUGAACACUAUUUGAUCUCAUGUCCCAGAGACCAAAACAUAUUACUGUUAUCACUGGAUAAGAAGACUAAAGCUGUGAACAGGGGUGGUGGUGAAGAAGAUUUCUCCAUUACAUUUGGGACUGGAUCCCUCCACUUUUUCUCAGAUUUCCAAAUUUCAGUCUUUCCUGUCGGAUUAGACAUUUGGAAAAACUUUCUGUGCUUCCUGAUUUUGGAGUCAAGAAGGAUCUAGUCAGUACUCAACACAGCUUAGUGUGUGGCGAGGGACCUCUGUAAGAUGAAGAAAAGCCUCACUGUGCAUGAGAACCUGUAUAGUCACCCCACCUCUUUGCCUCCUUGUCCGUUCCCAAGUCAAACCAUCUUCUUGGCAAGAAAAAAAGCCUUUUUGCAGCCCAGGAGUGAUCCUGAAGCAAUUGGCAGUUUUGUAUCCCCAUUUCUGCUGAAUCUCCUAGGGUCACACUGCUAGCCAUGACUGUCCUGGUUUACUCUGGUUUGGGGAAAAUUAAAAAAAAAAAAAAAGUGGGUUCUCCACAUGGUCAUUGUCAGCCACAUCUAAGCCAUACCUCUCAACUAUCCAGAUUUUUGCCUAAUAUUUUGGGUAUGUUCCUCAUAACUUUUUUUUUUUUUUUGGCAAAUCACUGAGGACUGAAGCCACUAAAUAAUGACAUACAUUUGAGUUUUAGACUUCAUAUCCUUCAGAAAAUGCCUGAUAACACAAAUCUGUUAUUCUAACAAUGUUCUAAGUUUAUAAGGGCAGUAUUUAAAAUCUCUUCCUGUUUUUGGGCAUUGUUCAGAUUUCCUGAACUAAGAGUUAGAGCGGUAUGGUCUAAGCUUAUAGUUGAACCUCUUGAACAGCUUCACAUGAUAAAAAACUUUCUCUUCAGAGCUUUUGGAAGUGGUGUGAACAUAAUGUAGACGAGGUGCAGAGGCUGUCCCUCCUUUGGAAUUAAGCCAGUGAUUUUAUUCCUGCUUUUUCAUUUCAGAAAUGACAGAAUAUUUCAGUUGCCACAUGGACAUUAGCUGCUUCAACAAGCACAUUGAGUGCAGUUGUAUUCCAUAUGUUGCUUUUCUAGGUGAUCGUAUCUCUGGAACCACAGUGUACUUGAGUGGUGCCACUAAACAUAAUAGAUGCUUUUUCGCACGUUAUCAUCUGGGGUCCACACAGGGGGUUCUUUCACUUUGCUUUAUGUGGCACUGUUUUCAAUACAAAAAAAGUUUAGCUUGUUUGGUCUCUCUCCUUAGUUCCUAGUGUGUUUACCAUGGAGCUGACUGUUGUAGUAGAGACCUUUUAUAAGCAGAAACUUUGAAUGUUUUUAUAACUGCAUGACUGGCUUCAUAGGGGGAUUUCUUGGUAGUGUCCCUGACUUGGGCGCUAUGAUGGUUGCAUUUAUUUGAGGGGGGGGGGUCUGCAUGUAUUCUUUCUGAUUCCAUCCUGGGAUUGUUUUCCACAGGGCAGAGUUGGACACUGUCCAGUUCUGGUCAUUGUUACAUUCACAGAUGGUCAGGAAGGUCAGGUUUGUGAGAUCCAUAAUGAUGACACAGAGGAGGGUCCAGAUUUAUACUUUUCUGUGCCUUCUGGGCUCUGUUGGUCACUGCUUUCUUGGUCCCCUUUGCUUGCCUGAGUGCAUACAGGUAUUGGAAUGAGCUAUGAAGUGCCGGUGGUUGUAGAGUCGCCAAUAUUUAUAGCUUCUGGUUUCAGCUCAUUGUCUGCAGGCUCUUGGGUAGUGUGGACAGUCUUCAUCAGCCUCUGGGUAGGUCAUCUUUUCCUGCAGAAGUGCUCAGUAUAGGUUCUGACUCUUGCCUCACACGUAUAGUGGGAGCAUCCAUUAGCUUCUCCUUGUGCAAGAAGAAUGCCUCUUAAUGCUAAAAAGGGGCUGUACAUAAUCCAGCUACAUCUGAGGGCAGUGCUUCUUGCUAUGAAGGCUGUGGGUGAGAAAGCUGAGACCGUAUCACCUGAUUCAAUCCAACAAACACUCCAUCAUGCGAUACACAAGCCAGAAAUAUGCCACUUACUUAUUUCUCUGUAUAGAUAAAGUGCAUUAUUACUUUCUAAUCCAUUCACAUCCUGUGGAUCUCCCUAAGCCACCCUUCCAGUCCUCUUAUGGCACUGGUUAGUGAUGAGCUUCAAAUGACAGAUGUCUUUCAGGAAUCGGGUGGGGUACCCCUGUGGGUGACCUGUUUCCUAUGUGGGACAUUGCAGUCAGCCGAAUUUUCUGCUCUGUGUAGUAGCCCAAGAGGGUUGUCAUUGGAUGCAUCCCCACUCCUGUAGCAAGGGAGAUUCUUGCAUACCUUACCACCAGUGUUUCUAAUUCCAUGCUUUAUUGCAAAUUUCAAAAAAGAAAGACCAGUGCUCAGCCUUAUUGCACCAUGACAGUUCUGAAUAGUGUGGUUUCAAGCGCUGAGUUCCUUAGCUGCACAGAAAACACUCCUGCUCCAAUCUGGGAGAGGUGUCCAUUUCCACCUAAGGGUAUGUCUCUGGUUUAGAUAUCUCUGGACUUUGUGACUGGAAGUGUAUUGUUGACUGCAUUUGAUAGAAGACUUUCAUCACAUCAGACUUAUUUUCCUAAAAGGAAAAGUUUCUCCAUUUUUGGUGAAAGGUAUACUGUUUGCCCCACUUUUGUUAGUUGUAGGUGAUUCUUUCUUACCUUUUCAUCACCUGUAUGAUUUGAGUUCACCAGUAUAGUCAAGUUAUGUGUCCACUAACUCUGCCCAUCAUGAUUAUGGAGAGCAGGACUGUAGCCUAGCACUGGCUGGUCACCCACUUUCUUAAAGUGGUUAACUCCAUCCUUCUCUUUGGGACUUUAAUUUCAUUAUUAGUGGGCUUGCCUAUCCUACAUUCAAGCUUUUUGGUUCAGUGGCUGUGAACUAUAUCUUUUAGAAGGCACUUUUGUUGGUGGACAUCAGAUUUGCUUGCAGGAUCUUGGAGUUUGUGAUUCUCAUUUGUAAGUAACCGUACUUAGUCUUUCACAAGAAUCUGGUAACCCUUAGGACCAACCCAUGUUUCUUCCUGAUAGUGGGUCUGAAUUGUUCUUUAACCAGUCAGGUCAUUUCCCUGUUUUGAUCGAAAAGUAAGACAGCCCUUCUUACCAUGAACUUUGCAGUGAGAGCAGACGCUCUACCUAAUACAUUAGUUCUGAAAAGCUGAGUAAUUGUGCCUUGCCUUUGCUCCAAGAAGGGUGGGUCAGGUAGUUGCCAAAGUGACUCAGAGUGGGUUGCUGACUGCAUUACCUUUUGCUGUCACUUUGUCUAACCAUUGUUAAAGGCCACUGUGCCAGAGAUGUUGGUGUUUCUUCUUACUUGAGAAAUGCAUCUUUUAAGAGUUCUUUUUCCAGCUACUUACUUGUUGGUUCAUACUUUGAAUGUAACUGCAGCAGUAGUAUGGCCUCCUUCUGUAAUUUGUCUUCUGAGCCUGCCACCCAACAUUUGUGUGAUUUAGGCCUUAGUUAAUCCAUGGACAUAGUGCAUGUUUCAGCUUUUUCUGCCCAUUGUAAACUUUUGGAGGGUAGGGUUGUGGUCUAGCAACAGUUGUCAAGCAGAUCCUGAAAAGGGACUGUACGUCUCUAUCUGCUUUUAAAGAACCAAUGCCCUCUGUCGGAUCUGAACUUUCAUAAUGAACACAUUUUUCUGCCCCGUUUGAACCUCCUUUUCAGCAGGGCUGAAAUUUAUUAUGGAAAGCCUCUUUAUCCAGUGCCACCACCCCUUCUUGACACCAUUUUGGAGAUGCAUUCCCUCAUAUGUAAGAAGCUUUGUCUUUCAUGAGACUCAAGUGACCUUUAGGGAGCAGUCAAGAUUUCUUCCCAGAAGCGAGUUCUGAGUUGCUGUUUAGGAAGUCCUUGUCUUUCUUUAUAGGAGGAGAAACCAGGGGAGAAAGGAUCCUUCACAUCCUGAAUGUGGAGAGUCUGCUCAGAUUUUACCUUAAUUAAGUGUGUGUGUUAAAGAAUUCUUAUCGAUAGUCUGUCUGCUUUGAUCUGUAAAGGCAAGAGCUGGUAGUUGCUAAAGAAACUUUCCAAAGAGAUUGCUAACUCCAUUAUCUUUUGACAUGAGAGACUGUUGGAAAUUGCUGCGGUCAUAGAUCACUCCACCAGAAGAGUAGCUACUUCCCGAAUUUCUCCAAUGCAGGUGUGUUUGUGUUGUUCAUUUACUGUAGUAGACUGUGUUUCACUUGGCUUCCAUCCAGUUUGUGUUCAGAUUUUAUUAUUUUUCUAGACCACGGGCCUGAAACUGCAAUGUGCUGUGCAGUUAUCCACUUCAGUGGCCAUCAGAUUCUCUGGUUAGAUUUUCUUUUGUGUAACAGUACAUCUUGUUGCAUUUCUGAAGCGGUUGAUCAGACUGAUCGGUUAAAUGAUUAGGAUGAGUCAGUGAAUGCAAAUAGUAUUAUUUCUGACCUUUAAUAAUACACAAACACGUGUAAUGCAACCCCAAAAUCCCUGUUAGAUUAGAAGAAAUAGAUAUAAGUAUUGUCCUAUAAAUACAGUAGUAAAGAUUAUUUUUUUUAGUCGGUUUAGAGACCUCUUUUUCAGAUACAGUUAUGUUACAGACUGAUUUCAUGUAAUUAGAUUGGCUUCAAUUAAACCUUCUUGGUAGAUCCUGACUACUCUCAGGUGUUAGUACAUACCAAGUACUAACAUCCCUCCAAAUAUAAAGUCUUAGCUGGCAGCUGUUCCAGUAGGCCAGUUUUCUACAUCUUCUAUAUAUUUUUUUCUUUGAACAGUGUACAUUUGCAAAAAGACUGUUAUUCUCCUUAUCAGGUCUUAAGUUAUACAAGUUCUGUGCAAGAUUUAUGAUGAUAGAAAGAUCUUGUUUGCUUCCCAGUUGUUUUUUCUAUAAAUAUUGCAAAUCCUGAGUAAAAUUUGAAACCACACAGUAUAGAUAGCCAAGUUUGUAGAUAGUGGAGGGGUUUCAUUGGUUCAUAUCACUGGCAGAAAACAAUCUUCUUCUCAAGUGUGAAGUGAAAUACCAUGAAUUAAUACAGCAUUACUAACCAAGAAAGUAGUAAAAGUCAGUAAAUCAUAGACUAGUUUGCAAUGAGUCUUUUAUCCAUCUGCAUUUUAUUUUGGUGUAUAGUUAAUCUUUGCUGUUUUAUUCUUUUUGUCUUGUGCAGAUGUUUGCUUUUAUAUUUGCUCUUAUUGUAAAGUAUGCAUGUGUAAUGCUAGGUUUCAAGGUAGUUUCUGACUAAAAUACAAAUUUGUUACAGCAGUGAUACAAUUUCAUAGAUGUCUGUUUGAUUUGAAAAAUUCACCUCUUUUGUUGUAAAGCAGCAUUUACAUGCAUUGCCUGUAGAAUGUGUAAACCACUGAAGAUUUCAACUUCAUUGGUGAGAAGUUAGUUAUAUGAUUGUACUGUUAACUAGUGUGAUAAUGCUCUGCAAUUAGUUGCCUGUUUGCCUGUAUAAGCAGAUGUUAAGGUGUUUGCAUUAUUUGUUUGUCUUUAAAGAUUUUUUCUUCUGAAUUUGUGAGUACUGCUGAAAAAUAUUUAAAAAUAUCAUGAUGUAUUAUUAUAUUUGCUUUUCCAUAAUGGCUUGGUAGUCAUUAAUAAUUAAUAAAUGUGUUUAUUCUGCA